ACGAAACUUGCAAUCAAACAUGGGAUCGUUCAAAAGGGCAAAAACAAAGGAAAAGUUUGAAACAUUAUUAGUGAGUCGAAUUAUACAAUGUUGGUAAAAAGUCACUUCUUUACAACUAUAUCAUUCCAACGAGAACGGCAAAAAUUUAACACAUGGGUUACUUUUUGGUACCAUAUUUCAAUAAAAAAAAUCCUUAAUUUAAAACAUACUCCAUAAUUAAAAUCUUCGAUUGGGGAUGGGAACCAAAGAAAAUCAAAUCAAACACUUUUUUUUUUUUUCAAGAUUUCUACAAAAUGAAUUUGCAUGCUCGGACGAACGGACACGCCAAUAUAUUGGCAUCAUGUCCUGUUUCCAUAGAUGUGUGUUUCUGAGUUCUUGUCGGUAACAGAUCUUACUGACCCCCUUUCUUUCUCUAAAAAUAUACUUUGUACAUUUGUAGUAACACACGGAACACUUCAAAAAUACUGCACUCUCUCUUUCUUUAAAUUCUUUCAGGAGCUCUGUGUAUCUCUCUGUGUGUCUUAUGAAAAGAAAGAACUCUGUUUCUUUCUCUGUUUUUUUUUUUUUAAUUUUUUUCGUGGGACUAUCGUUUUCUUUUGAAAGAGUGCCCAGGAUUGUUAGUGAAAGAACAUGUGAAGUGGGGUGGCGACAAAGAGAGAGAGAGAGAGAGAGAGAGAGAGAUCUAUGGGGGGUUCUGAAUGAUAGGAAUGGUUCAUUUUGCUUUUGGGGGUUUAUCAGAUUGUCUUUAUGUAUGAUGGCUAGCAUCAAGGGCUUGUUGUGUUUGAUGGGAAAUUUUCAAGUUUGUGGCUUAAUCAUCUCAAAUUGGGUUGCCCUUGUAAAUAAAUGCUUUGUUUUUGAGGAAAGAUCUGUGAGAGCUUCAAGUUUGGUAGUUAAGACAGUUUUGCUGAAUAAUCUGUAGGAUGCGAGGAAUUUUGGUGCUUUUUAAUAGCCAUAAAAAAGAGAGAUUUGGGGCGUGCGAGAUUAAUGAAAAUGCAAUAUAUUUUGGUAUGUUUCUUUAAGUUAAAAAAGAUUCUGCAAUCAAACACAUUAAUUCUCUGAUCAUGACAAGAGCUGUUCCAGAUAGGAUACUCAAGGAUGUGAAUGCUGAUAUCAGCGAUCAUCUAAACAACCAUAUUCAUUUGACUAAUUGUAUCCACCUGAAGAACCAUAUGCAUACGCAUAGCCCUAUAUUGGCAGAGGGAUCACUUAUGAGGGACCUUAUAGUCCUUCAAAGAUCACAAUCCCUCAGGGACCCUUCUGCCAGUCCUCCUUCGUGUCACUCACCUAAGUUGCCUUCUGUUGUUGAUUUGCUUUCGAAGAAGGGUGAUAAGGAUGCUGUCUGGGAGGGGAAAAGAUCUGCGGGCACUGAGAGGCAGAGGGAUGGAAGAAGGAUUUCAGUAAACUCACCUCCUUUAGCUAAUUUGGCAACUUCAAAAGUUGCUUCAGGCGAAGCUAGUAGGGUCAAUGAAGGGGUGCCAGCAGUUAGUAAACGUAGUAGUAAGAGUGGAGCUAGAGAUAGUAGAAGAAUUAGGAGAGAAGAAUUUAGUUGGAGAAGUAAUAGGACUGAUCUUUUCGGUGACAAUAAGGAGCAGGAUGGUAAGGAUUUGCCUCCCGAUGCUAUCUUGGGUAAUUCCAGACUGGAAGAUGGCAAUAGUAAAAAACAAAAAGGGAAGCAAGCACAAGGCAUUCGAAUUAUGCCUCUAUCUGAGCAGUUGAAUUACCUGCCCCUGGAUAGUGAUGAUGUAGCAUCCUCAAAUGUCCACCUUCGUGGGAGGCAUAUUAGUACAGAGAAAACUGGUAGGGAACCUGAAAUCAGCAUCCGUGGUUGUUCAAGUGGAUUAAACAGGGUGAAAAGACACAAGUUUCGAGGGGCAAGAAGAGUGAGGGCUGCGCCUUCUUCUAGAGAGUUUGGAGGUCAGAAUGAGUUGUCCAUGGCUUCUAAUUCAUUUGCUCAGGGUUCAGUGUGUCCAAAGUAUGGUGUGGAAGAGGAAGAAAAUGAAUAUGAAGAGCAAAAUGUCACUAAAGCCCCUAGAAAUGGGUGUGGGAUCCCCUUUAAUUGGUCAAGAAUUCAUGACAGGGGUAAAACUUUCCUUGACAUUGCAGGAAGGAGUUUUUCCUGUGGUUUAUCAGACUCUAGACUAAGGAAAGGUGUGGCAGGUUCUCAUGGAAGAAAUGCUCCCGAAAUGCCUAUGGAAUCUGAUCAAUCAAGCUUAUCAGCAAAAUACAAUGCAGAGGCACUGCCUCUUCUAACUGAGGCAUCUGGAUCUCAGGACAGCAAAGAGAAUGCUGGUUGGGUGAAUGACUAUUCAGGGGAGCUAGGUAUAUUUGCUGAUAAUUUAUUGAAGCGCAAUGUUGAUUCUGAUCUUGCUUCUGAAGCUAGAUCUGGUGACCAACACAAGUUAUGCGGGAACCUCCGUGGCAGGCACCAAAAUCUGACACAAAAAUACAUGCCAAGAACUUUUGGAGACCUUGUCGGACAAAAUUUGGUAUCACAAGCCCUUUCUAACGCUGUCAUGAAAAGGAAGGUCGGAUUGCUAUAUGUCUUUUAUGGACCUCAUGGAACAGGAAAAACUUCCUGUGCUUGGAUAUUUGCCAGAGCUUUGAAUUGUCAGUCACUUGAACAACCCAAACCUUGUGGCUUUUGCAAUUCUUGUAUUUCACAUGACAUGGGUAAGACUCCAAAUAUAAGGGAAGUUGGUUCCAUCAGUAAUUUUGACUUUGAGAGUAUUAUGGAUCUACUUGAUAAUAUGAUAAUCUCUCAGCUAUCUUCACAGUACAGAGUUUUAAUAUUUGACAACUGUGAUACUUUGUCCCCUGAUUGUUGGAGUGCCAUAUCAAAGGUCAUUGAUCGAGUCCCCAAACGUGUGGUUUUUAUUCUUGUCAGUUCAAGUCUUGAUAUUCUGCCUCAUAUGAUCAUGUCCAGGUGUCAGAAAUUUUUUUUCCCGAAACUGAAGGAUGCAGAUAUCAUUUAUGCUUUACAGUGGAUUGCAUCCAGAGAGGACGUUGAAAUUGAGAAAGAUGCACUAAAACUGAUUGCAUCUCGAUCAGAGGGAUCGCUGAGGGAUGCAGAGAUGACACUUGAGCAGCUAAGUUUGCUUGGGCAGAGAAUCUCUGUUCCUCUGGUUCAGGAACUGGUUGGGCUUAUCUCUGAUGAAAAGCUGGUGGAUCUUCUUGAUCUAGCAUUAUCUGCAGACACAGUAAACACUGUAAAGAGUUUGAGGGUGAUAAUGGAAACUGGUGUGGAUCCUUUAGCUUUGAUGUCACAGCUUGCUACAGUGAUAACUGAUAUUCUUGCUGGCAUUUAUGAUUUCUCUAAAGAAAAGCAUAAAAGGAAGUUUUUUCGAAGACAGCCAUUGUCCAAAGAAGAUAUGGAGAAACUACGCAAAGCUUUGAAAACGUUAUCUGAGGCUGAAAAACAACUGAGGAUGUCAAAUGAUAAACUCACAUGGCUAACUGCUGCUUUGCUUCAGCUUGCUUCUGAUCAGCAGUAUAUGUUGCCUGUUUCUUCUGCUGACACUAGUUCUCAUCAUAGUCCCUUGCCUCUAAAUGAUGUGGGUGGAAGAGAUACAGCCAGGAAAGGUGGUGAGCCUGUUGGGCUUGGUAAUAACUCGAGAGGGCUGUCAACAAAUGCUAGGUUGGAAAAUCUCCAUGCUGGAAGUUCAGGGGAUUUUGAAACUGGUAACAUGAAAGGUAUAAAUUUAGAUAGGAAGAGACGUGCUGUGGCUAGGAUGGCUCCUCAGCAAACAUCCAUAGUCUCUGCUGAUUUGAUCAGGGUUACUGGGGGGCAGACUGUAGUAAAAAACCGUAAGGGAAUCGAAGAAAUUUGGUUGGAGGUGCUUGAGAAGAUUCAAGUUAGUAGUCUAAAAGAGUUUUUGUAUCAAGAAGGAAAGCUGAUGUCUGUCAGUUUUGGUGCAGCUCCGGCUGUACAAUUGAUGUUCAGUUCACAAAUGACCAAAUAUAAGGCAGAGAAAUUUGGGAAGCAUAUUUUACAAGCGUUUGAGUCUGUUCUUGGUUCUCCUGUGACAAUUGAAAUUAGAUGUGAGGUGAAGAAAGAUGCCAGAGCUGGCAUUCGUGGACUUCUUGUUUCACCAGCUUCCAGGGAUGGUCCAUCUCAGAUGGUCAUGGAUCCAGAGUCUAAUUCUGGAAAUGUGAUGCCUAGGGCAGGUUUUGACAAUAUUAGCAAAAGGGCUAUGAGAGGUAGAGAUGCCAUGGUCAGCUCUCACGCUCGGCUGUUGCACUCCGAAUCUCUUGAAGCAGGAAGGAGUGAAAUUGUUGAAAUACCAGCUUCUCCAAACGAAGCCAAGGUUAAUGAACAUGCUGACAACAUAGUAUCUAACAGAAGAGAUUCAAGGGUAGCUGAUGCUGCAGCUUAUAGGAAAUCAACAUUGGCAUCUAGCUCAGGAAGACGGAAACUUGGGGAACUAAGUCAGAGUCAGAGCAUUGUUAGAAGUAAGGUGUCCCUUGCACAUGUACUUCAGCAAGCAGAAGGAUGUACACAGCGAAAUGGAUGGUCAAAGCGCAAAGCAGUUUCCAUUGCUGAGAAGCUUGAACAGCAGAACCUGAGAUUGGAACCUAGGUCGAGAAGCUUGCUUUGCUGGAAAGCAUCUAGAGUAACCCGUCGGAAGCUCCCACGCUGGAGGAUUAGGACACGAAGACCGCAUUCAUUAUUGAAGCUUGUCUCCUGUGGUAAAUGUCUCUCUUCUAAAUCUCCUAGGUAAGACGAGAAAAAUUUUGGUUGGCUGUGCAUGACUUAAUUGAAUUCAUAUUACAUUUGUAAUUAGCUAUUUUCUUGCCGUUUACAAGGUCAAUACAAUCUGCAAAAUCUUUUUCCUGGAAUAAAUGUAUAUAGUUCUUUUCAAUGACAAAAUAUAGGUACGAAAUUGGAUAGUGAAUUUUUACUAUCUUUAUGCAAUCAUUAAUGUUUUGUUAGGCCUUCUUCCACUUCCAUCCAGAAAAGAUUGAUUUCAACCUAUUAUGGUUGGAUGUGGAUUUGAUUUCCACGAUCAAUAGCACUUAUCCAUCAGUUCAUGAUAAAUACAUACAUUAUUAAAUUGAUAUCAUGGUUUCUCAAGAAUGAUUUGCAUGUCAAUAUGGAUGAUGUUUACAUAUUCCUGAACAACUUGUUUGACGACCAAAGCUUGACCUCAUACCAGUGAUUGGAGUUUCUGAUCGGAGUUGAUUUCGAACUCAUAAAUUAUGCAUCCCAAAACAAGUCUAACAAGAUGUGGCAGGGGAAUUGGGCUUACCCUUGAAGAUGGCUAAUCAGGGUCCAAAAAUCGAACGAUCCCACGACCCAAAUCCUUAGCCUUAUGUUAAGGACAUCAGUUUCGGUUGUUCCAAACGUUCAAUCUUCAUAUCAAACAAAACAAGUUGUGUAGAAACAUUUUUAAAGCAUUUUCAGAGUUCACAUUUUAUGUCUGAAAACGAUUUGAAUGAAAAAAACUAAUAUACAGUCCCUAAACCCCAUCUUACUUUAAACUAAAACUUUGAAAGAUAUAUUAUAAAAAACUCAGAAUUCAAUUUCCUUGAUUGAACCCUUUUUUACUCCAUGCAACCAUUUCAAAGCUACCAUUUUUUUCACGCUUGAAAAUGAUGUUUGAACUUUGAACCCUAAAUCCCCAAAAAAUAAAAGAUAAAAAGAAAACUCGCUUUCUUUUCCAUGGAGUCCAUCCCAUUUAUUAAGUACUAGCAUUUUUUGACUUGGGGCUGUCUAGCAACGUAACUAUGAAUCACAGCUUUGAAACUUGUAGAGGUCGGCUUGUUUGAAUCCGGAAAACCAAAAAGAAAAAAAAAAGCACCCCCCAUUGCAGCUCGUCUUUUCUCAAUACCAAACUUGUAUUUCUUCAUAGCAAGUCCAAGGUACUUGUUCCCAUUCCACAAAAUUAUUCUCCGCAUCAUUAAUAUCUUUGAAUGAAUCUUUCGACAUUCAAGUUCACACACCAGAAUAAUAUUCUUUCUGUAUAAUUUCCAUUUUCCAGCUAUACAAACAUAGAACGAAUCCAAUUCAUUUGAGACCAACUUGACUUUAGCAAGCUUA